CUUGAAGUGGGUCCUUAGAGCAAAGUUGUAGUAUAUAUAAAGGCAGGCAGUUCCAAUGGUAUAGAAAUUCAUCAGGAGACUUGCAUUCAAAGUUCCUUUACUGAUACCAAGAAGAAAAGAAAGAGUACUGAAACACGUAUUUCUUUUACUGCUCUCAGAGCUCCAUCAGAUCUCUUAACAAUUUCCCAGCACUUUUUCAAGCUUUUGUUUUUAAUACUGCAAAUGAGGCCUUCCAGUUUAGCAGUAUCUUUUAUGGUGUUGUUCAUUUUCCUUUCCAGUGUUCAAGGGAUUAGAUUGGAGAAAAGUUUCAAAUCAUCAUGGCAUCCUAAAUUGCAUACCUGUUGUUUUAUGCAGGAAGAAGCUUUCAUGCAAAGCAGUAAUGGAGUUGUGGGAGAUGUCAUAUUCUGCAAAGAAGGACAUUGUACAGGAAACAGUAGGAAACUUCUUACUGCAACUACUGCUAUUGCUACUUCUACAUCUGCCACCGGUCCAAAGAGCGAAGACAGUGGAGAUAACAAAGCUAACCCUACUUCAAAAGUCAAAUCAGGAAACCAAGAAAAUGGUGGAAAGCAAGAGAAAGUCCAUGUUGGUUCGCCGACAACUUCCGAGGUCCAUGACCAAUAUGCGGAUAUUAUGGAGAUAGCUGAAAUGGACUAUUCACCAGCCAAGAGAAAACCUCCAAUACACAACUAAUAAUGUUGUUGGGGGGGGGGGAAGGAAUCGAAGACAAUAUUAAAAAGAGAAGAAGAAUCAAAAGUUUUCCAGAUAAUUAAAGGAAUGAGAAAUCUGACGGCUUUCCAGGGAUGCUGCAGUUUUUUAGGGUUAGAGAAUGAACUUUUGUACAUAUAAUAUAGUAUUUUAUAACCAUCAUACUUGGUUGUUAAACCAUCACUUUUGAUGAUUGAGUAAUGAUGCACCCUUUUUAGGCUUUAUAACU